AUGGCUCUCGGUGAUCUAGCAGCACUUUUGGUCUUGUUUGGCCUCUGCUACUUUGCUCUUCCCAUUCUCCUCCCUCAAGUCCCGGCCAAAGAUCCUCCCAAUCCUCCUGACGCGACUUCGAGCAGUACGCUUCUCACGCCGUUCCUCCUUCGGCUCCCCGAGUCGGUUCGCGAGGAGAUCUAUUUUUUACUAGAAUACUCUCGUGAAAAUGACUCUGGCCAAAAGCAUGUCCUGGACGUGAAGUGCCCGGAACUCUCACCCCAAAGUAUCAGCGAAUGGUCCUCCGCGCAUCAGAGACUUAACUGGAUAUCCAUGUUUGGCACCCAGCCAAGCCAAGGUCAAUUUGCCAACCAGUUAUUCUACGUGUCGCGUGCUAUAUCCCAGGACGCAAGAUCCUUCUUCUAUUCCCAUAAUAAUUUUGUUUUCCCUGGAAAGGAGGAUGAAGGGUUACCAGAACUUUCUGCAAUGACGAUGGUUGCUAUCCAGUCAUUUCGGAACAUUCAAGUUCGGAUUUCUGCGGCAGACGCGAGCAGCGAUGAUGGCCGCUCCUUCAGGCAAAAUAAAAAAGCCAUAAUGGACUGGAAGGAAACCUGUUACCGACUUGCGCAUGCGCCACCAUGCCAGCUAAGCCUGUCCCUGAUUUCGAACUCGACAACCGUGAAAUCCGCAAAAGACAGUUUGGGACCCUUAACCUACCUAGAACUGAAGAAGUGUUCGAUCGCUUUUGACGAAUCUUGGGAUACCAGCCUCCAGAAUUAUGCAGAGUACGUCGUUUCCAAGACUACUGAGCGCUUUCGCAACCAAAAGAGCUCGGCCUUCCAUAGAUUCGGGGACCUGCCAACGGAGCUGCAGAUGAAAGUUCUUGAGCAUACGGACCUUCUUCCUAGCACUGAAAUUAUUGGUCAAGGUCUCAAAUGGCAUCCAUACACGCAGGGCUUCUUCCCCCUUACUUGCAUGAAUUUUUGUUGUGCAUUGCAGAGGCUUUGGGGGUUCGAGACGCCUUGCAAGGCCAGAAAUGUAGGAGACUCGUCGUCUCAAUAUUGCUGGAGUGUUCCAAAGGCUCUUUUUCAGACCUCUAAGAGCAUGAAAGAGCAGGCUCGGCUAAUUUUCUAUCGGAACAAUCACUUUGCAUUUGAUAUCUACUAUUUGCGUCCCUUUGAAAUGAACUCCGAUGGUACGCCGAGUCUUCUGGAGCCGUUUCCCCCAGAUUGUCUCCAGCACUUACGUUCAAUCCAAUGGAACUUUCCCAAUAACAUGGCGGUUGAAGAAUUCCAGCCUCCUCUAGAACAAACGAUUAAACUGGUCCAGACGGUGGAGUAUCUACGGGAACGCACAAAAAUCUCCAACCUCACCUUGACUCUGAAUUUCCGUCAAUACCAACGUGUAACACGGACGCCAGUGGACUUAAAUCGCCAAUAUGCGCUUGCAAAACACAUGGCUGAGACCAUUGCACCUUACGUGAGCGAGCUCAAAGACUUUUUCGUUCAUAUUGACUGGCCUAGUUUUGAUGCUGAUCAAAUAAAGUCGAUGGAGCAAACCCUCGAGAAGACUGUUAAAGGUGAAACGUACGAUAGCGAGGAACGGGGGAAGCGUUUAUGUGGGCCUGACUUGUUUCAGUGGUCUUUCGUCAAAGGAUUCGGUCAGGGAUAG